AUGUCGUCUCAACAGUCAUCGCGCGGCAGCGCCUACUCGUCCACCGCCUCGUCGCCCUACCAGCACGCCUACUACUACGACGCCCCCGCCCAGGCAACCUGGAUGAAGGUCAUCCCCAUCGAGGACGACGAGCUCACAUUUGGCGGCAAGCCGCUGUCCGACUGGCACGAGGAGGACCUGCGCCGCUACAGCAGCUCCAGCUUCGACUCGCACGACGAGCACCGCGGCCGCACCCGCCAGCGCGCCUCCUACUACGAGCCCACCUCGGCUCCCGGCUCCGGAUCUGGACCCACGAGCAGCGGUGGCCACCACCACAAGCACGGCCACGGCCACAAGCACCACCACAAGAAGAGCGACAAGAAGAAAUGA